CACGGAGGAGAGAAAAGUUUUGCGCAGGAGGAAGAACAGACGCGCGUCUCGAGGACUUUUCUCCCCCGGGCUGUGCGCGUGAGAUGCCGGGCGAUGUCCCGCCGCAAACAGGGCAACCCGCAGCACCUGUCCGUCAGCCAGCGAGAGAGCGUGCAGCCCGAGGACAGCCAUGACAUGAGGGCGGAGCCUCGUUCCGUGCAGGCGUGUCCUCUCAGCCCAGUGGCCGGGGCUGGAGAGCGAGACCUGCUGACCUGUGGACAGUGCCAGACAAACUUCCCACUCAGUGAAAUCUUGGCCUUUAUCGAGCACAAACGAAGGCUGUGCCGCGGUGCCGGACCAUGCCACGAGAAACCCAGAGGGAGCGGCAGCGGCGCAUCGACGUCACCCAACAGGCCGAGGGUAGAAAUCGCCAGGAGGGCGCGCCCUGUAGAGAUCGGCAUUCAGGUCACACCAGGUGAGGAGGAGGAGAAGCGUCUAACGCCUGCCAGAGGAAUCUGCCCCAAGCAGGAGAGUGUACUGACAGGUAAGGAGGUGGGGGAGGGAUUUUAA